CUCGCCUUAAAACCCUAACAAACUGUCCACUCUCUCUCUGCUCCCUUAUCUUUCACCUUGCCCACCACAGCGUUCUUCUCCAGAAACAGUGGUGUUCCAUUCCCUAAAUGGCUUCUGCAAACGCUAUCUCUUCCACCUUGAAUCUGCGUUACCCUCAACAGGAAGGGUUGAGAAGAAGGGUGAGCCAGAAGCAGAGGCUGAAUUUGUCCCGGCCCAAUGGAGGGAGGAGGUUGAAGGUGCGCGCCGUGGCCAAGGAGGUGGCCUUCGAUCAGAGCUCCCGCUCUGCACUGCAGGCCGGCAUUGACAAGCUCGCAGAUGCCGUCGGGGUUACCCUCGGUCCCAGAGGUAGGAAUGUCGUCCUGGAUGAGUAUGGCAACCCGAAAGUGGUGAAUGAUGGCGUCACAAUUGCUAGAGCUAUUGAGCUUGCAGAUGCCAUGGAAAAUGCUGGUGCAGCAUUGAUUAGGGAGGUUGCUAGCAAGACAAACGAUUCUGCUGGUGAUGGCACUACAACAGCUUCUGUACUAGCAAGAGAGAUAAUAAAAUUAGGCCUUCUGAGCGUUACAUCUGGAGCAAAUCCAGUCUCUAUUAAGAAAGGAAUUGAUAAAACUGUGCAACGGUUGGUAGAGGAGCUAGAAAAGAAAGCUAGACCAAUCAAAGGGCGUGAUGAUAUUAAAGCUGUUGCAUCCAUCUCUUCUGGGAAUGAUGAGUUCGUGGGAACCAUGAUUGCGGAUGCCAUUGAUAAAGUUGGCCCUGAUGGUGUCCUGUCUAUUGAAUCUUCAUCAUCCUUUGAGACAACUGUUGAUGUUGAAGAGGGGAUGGAGAUUGACAGAGGCUAUGUCUCCCCUCAAUUUGUUACAAAUCCCGAGAAAUCAAUAGUAGAAUUUGAAAAUGCUAGAGUGUUGGUGACUGAUCAAAAGAUCUCAACCAUAAAGGAAAUCAUUCCUUUGCUGGAGAAAACCACCCAGUUGAGGGCUCCGUUGCUUAUCAUUGCUGAAGAUGUCACUGGAGAGGCAUUGGCAACACUGGUUGUGAACAAGUUACGUGGUAUACUCAACGUUGCUGCAAUCAAAGCACCUGGUUUUGGUGAGAGAAGAAAGGCCCUACUGCAAGAUAUUGCUAUUGUAACAGGUGCUGAGUACCAAGCUAGUGAGCUGGGUCUUCUUGUGGAGAACGCAACAGUUGAGCAGCUCGGUAUAGCAAGAAAGGUGACGAUCACCAAGGAUUCGACAACUAUUAUUGCAGAUGCUGCUAGCAAAGAUGAGAUCCAGGCUAGGAUUGCGCAAAUCAAAAAGGAGUUAAUGGAAACAGAUUCUGUUUAUGACACUGAAAAGCUGUCGGAAAGAAUUGCUAAGCUAUCAGGUGGUGUGGCUGUAAUCAAGGUAGGUGCUGCCACUGAAGCAGAGCUUGAGGAUCGGAAGCUGAGGAUUGAGGAUGCCAAGAAUGCAACCUUUGCUGCCAUUGAGGAGGGAAUCGUCCCUGGUGGAGGAACUGCUUUUGUGCACCUUUCAUCCGCAGUUCCAGCCAUCAAGGAGAAGCUGGAUGAUGCUGAUGAGCGGCUUGGAGCAGACAUCGUGCAAAAGGCACUGGUGGCACCGGCAGCAUUAAUAGCACAUAAUGCUGGAGUAGAAGGUGAAGUUGUGGUUGAGAAGAUAAAAGGAGGUGAAUGGGAGGUCGGCUACAAUGCAAUGACUGACAAGUAUGAAAACCUGGUCGAAUCUGGAGUCAUUGACCCAGCCAAGGUCACGCGCUGUGCACUGCAAAAUGCAGCAUCUGUCGCCGGAAUGGUUCUUACAACGCAGGCCAUUGUUGUUGAGAAGGCCAAGCCUAAGGCACCUGCUCCGGCUGCACCACAAGGUCUCACUGUGUAAAUUGGAAGUACAUGUUCCUUGUGGCUGUCGUUAACCAUGUUGGGAGGAAAACUAAUGCAAUAAGGAGACUUGAGGGGGCUUGUGCAUGGAGGGGCGUUAGGAUAAAUAUUAUUACCGAUUUUUGUACUGGUGUAUUGGGCAGGCGAGAUUUUGUAGUUUCUCACUUUAGUAUUGGAAAUGUAGUCUCCAGCAGGUGGCAAUCCCCUAAAUUUUGGGUACACUGGUAUGUGCUGUGGACUUGGUUGUUUCUCUUAAAAUAUGAGAUGGAUGGCUUGGUUCUCUUU